UUAAAUCAAUUUACUAUUUAGUGUUAUGUCAGUGUGAUCAAGGAAAAAUAAUUUGAUAAAUAACAAAAAAUUGUGCAAUCAUUUGAACCUCUGAAUUCUACGCCAGAGAACUUGUUUCGAUAUUACGAAAUGGAGAAGUUACUUCGGGUUCGAGGAUCCAUUUCGUUAAUAAGAAGAUGUCUGUGUACACCAGCACAAGAUAGCAAAACCCAGGCUCAGGCAACUGUUGAGUCACUAUCUUCAAGAUAUAAGCCUACAGAGUUUCAAAAAUUUCUUCUUGUCUGGACCAAAAAAUAUAAGAGCAAGGCGGACAUCCCUAAAUACGUAACCUCUGAUGUUAUUGAUAGAUCCAGGAGUCAAGCUAGAAUAAAGUUGUCUAAUAUCUUAAUGGCACUUACUGCUCUUGGUAGUGUUUUUGCUAUUUGGUCUGGCAAAAAUGCAGCAAAAAGAGGAGAAUCUGUUCAUCAAAUGAAUUUAGAUUGGCAUAAAAAGUACCAGGAGGAGUUUAAAAAGAACCAAGAACAAGCACAAGCAAAGUGAUAACAGUAUAAAUAUUGCAUAGAUAGUAGAACACCGUAAUCAAACGCUUAUUAUCUUUGAAAUCUAGCUAUAUAUAAUAUAAAAGAUAUAUUUUUCUGACAUUAUAAUUUAUUUAUACCACA